AUGGCUCGUUUGUUACUGUUGUUAUUUUGUACUAUUAUUUUAGAAAAAGCUGUUUCUGCUUUGAAACUGUCGAUAGUAAGCGAUGGUCCAGCAGUGCGUGGGUCUAAUCUUACAUUUACAGCCACUGUCGCUGGCUAUCAUGGCGAGAAUCUUAAAUAUGUGUAUUGGGAUGAUGCACAGCCCCAGCACACAGCAGAGUUUAUUUUAUCAUCAAACACAUCACAAUGGAUAGUUGAGUAUCCGAGGUCAAUGUAUGAAGCUGGUGAUUACACUGUCAAAGUGAAUUUAAUGAAAAGUUUCUAUGGAAUAUGGUAUCUUGUUACAACUUCAAGUACUAACUUUCAACUUACUGAUUCACUUAAUGGCAAUUUGAUUCUUAAUCAGAACAAUUUAGACAGACCAAAUAAGUUUGUAGCUGUCAAUAAGACUGUGCAUCAUUUUAUAAAGCUGCCAGAGAAUGAACUGGAGUUUCUUAAAAGGAAUGCCUCAACAGUCGUAACAUACUGGUUCAUAGAUUGUCUGUACAUUGAUCAGACGACAGAUUUUUCACUGAACUACACAUACCAAGAUGUGAUGGCAGAUCAUUAUAUAGAUGCUUUGGUUGUGGCCAACAAUGAGCCGUUGCCACCAAUUACAACUACUACCACAACCACCACAACAACUACCACCACCACCACAACGACUACAACCACAACCACGACUACGACCACAACAACUCCAAAGCCAAUUACAUCAAGCACAAUUCCUUCAACUACACCUGGCAUUAUUAGCAAUGAUACCCAUAAAAUUGCAAAGAGGUCUCUGUUGAACAAGACAAAGAUUAGCCCCAUCAAAGAUUUUAUUUGCCAUAACACAAGUAUAGUCCCUAUUGGCGAGACUUACACUUAUGGACAUUACCAGGAAACAAUCAGUGUGAGAGAGCAGAUAACAACACUUAAUAUAACUGGAAUGAAUUGGCUCCAACAUGGUGAUCUGUUGAACUUACAAGUGAAAUACACUGGGACACCACCCUUCGACUACUGUGCAAUGUACAAAAUGGGUCAAUACAAUGUAACAGGAAAUGAGACAUGUGCAGUCAAAACGAGAACCUUAUCGAAUCUAUUCCCAUUAGUUCAUUACUUCUCAGACAGCAACCAACAUACGGUGGUUGUUGUAGUUGAGAAUGAAAUAGGCAAGGCUGUGUCUAGAGCAACUAUUAAUAUCUAUAAGGCGUCAGUCCACGCUCAGUUGUCUGUAAUAGUGGUGCCGGUGGUGUUCUGUCUGCUCGCUGUUAUAUUAGUAGUGUUUGGUAUCGCCUUUUACCAACAUCGCUCCAGAUAUACAGUGGAGGUGGCUGAUUUUGAUUUCGGACAACAAGUUAACUUUGACUAUAAAACCUUCACUGAACGACUCCGGGAUAGUUUCAGGAAUGCUUUAAACUUCAGACAGAGAGAUGACACCGAGCCACUUACAUCCGACACAAGAUAUGAUUCCAUGCCAUAA